UCCAUCAUCAAAUGGAAGUGGUAUACACAUGAUCAGGCUCACAUAGGUUCUGAAGGCACAAGUAAGUUACAUGAGAAAGUAGCUCAAAUGCCCAUCGUCUCCACUCCUGCCACCCUGCCUUCUCUCCCACAGCCUGCACCGAUGGCCUCAUGGGGAGUUUCUUAUGAUUAGGUGGCAGAGAAAGAGAAGACUGGGGCCUGGUUCACAGGUGAUUCUGCACAAUAUGCAGGCACUACUCUAAAGUGGACAGGUGCAGCACUACAGCCCCUAUCAAGGACAUCCCUGAAGGACAGUGGUGGAUGGAAAUCUUCCCAGUGGGCAAAACUUUAAGCAGUUCACCUGGUCGUGCACAUUGAAUGGAAAGAGAAAUGGCCAGAUGUGAGAUUAUAUACUUUUAAUGGGCUGUAUCCAGUGGUUUGUCUGGAUGGUCAGGGACUUGGAAGAAGGAUGAUUGGAAAAUUGGAAACAAAAAAAUUUGGGGAAGAGGUACGAGAAUGGAUCUCUCUGAGUGGUCAAAAACUGGAGAUAUUUGUAUCUCAUGUGUGUGCUCACCAACAGAUGACUUCAAUAGAUGAGGAUUUUAAUAAUGAAGUGGAUAGGAUGACCCAUUCUGUGGAUACCACUCAGCCACCUCUUUCCCCAGCCACCCCUAUCAUCGCCCAAUGGGCCCAUGAACAAUGUGGCCACGGUGGCAGAGAUGGAGGUUACACAUGGGCUCAGCAACGUGAAUUUCCACUCACCAAGGCUGACCUGGCUACAGCCACUGCUGAGUGCCCAAUUUGCCAGCAGCAGAGACCAACACUGAACCCUCGAUAUGACACCACUCCUCAGGGUGAUCAGCCUGCUACUUGGUGUCAGGUUAAUUAUAUUGGACCACUUCCGUCAUGGAAAGGGAAGAGGUUUUUCCUCACUGGAAUAGACACUUACUCUGGAUAUGGGUUUGCUGAUCCUGAACACAAUGCUUCUAGCAAGACUACCAUCUGUGGACUCACGGAAUGCCUUAUCCACAGUCAUGGUAUUCCACACAGCAUUGUAUCUGACCAAGGCACUCACUUUACAGCUAAAGACGUGCAGCAGUGGGCUCAUGCUCAUGGAAUUCACUGGUCUUACCAUGUUUCCCAUCAUACUGAAGCAGCUGGAUUGAUAGAAUUGUGGAAUGGCCUUUUGAAGUCACGAUUACAAUGACAACUAAGUGACAAUAUUUGCAGGGCUGUGGCAAAGUUCUCCAGAAGGCCAUGUAUGCUUUGAAUCAGCAUCCAAUGUAUGGUACUGUUUCUCCCAUAGCCAAGAUUCACAGUCCCAGGAAUCAAGGGGUGGAAGUGGAAGUGGCACCACUCACCAUCACCCCUAGUGAUCCGUUAGCAAAAUUUUUGCCUCCUGUUCCCACGACAUUAAGUUCUACUGUCCUAGAGGUCUUAGUUCCAGAGGAAGGGACGCUGCCACGAAGAGACACAACAAGGAUUCCAUUAAACUGGAAGUUAAGACUGUGACCUGGAAACUUUGGGUUCCUCCUACCUUUAAGUCAGUGGGUUGAGAUGGGAGUUACAAUAUUGGCUAGAGUGAUUGACCUGAACUAUCAAGAUGAAAUUAGUCUACUACUCCAGAAUGGAGGUAAGAAAGAGUAUGCAUGGAAUACAGGAAAUCCAUUAUGGCAUCUCUUAGUAUCAUCAUGCCCUGUGAUUAAAGUCAAUGGAAAACUACAAAAGCCUGAUCCAGGCAGGACCACAAAUGGCCCAGACCCUUCAGGAAUGAAGGUCAGGGUCACUCCACCAGGGAAAAAAAAAACAUUACCUACUUAGGUGCUUACUAAAGGCAAAGGGAAUAUAGAAUGGGUAGUAGAAGAAGGUAGUCAUCAAUACCAGCUACA